AUCCCGGCUAGGAGUCCAGCUCCGUGUUUUGCAGGGGCUCUGUGUUUUAGUUCGCAGGGGAGGAAGUAACUCACACAGCGCGUCUGCUACAGCCUUGCAAAGCAACAGGGAGAAACGGGGCUGUCAGGGGAAAAAAAGACUUACUGUUACUGGAAAAUCACAAAAAAAGAAGAUGUGCUAUCAAGUAAUACCCAGAGACGAUGAAGAGUAAUCAAAACGUGCAGCCGCGUUUCAUGAAGAUAUUUAAAAACACGCAUUCUGUUUGUUAGAUGAGAAACUGCUGUUUGGAGAAGAAUCGUGUCUAAGAAACAUUUUUGCCUUUAGAAAUAUUCUUUUUUUUUUAUGUACAUGUAUGCUUUUCAAAAUUGAAUUUUUUGGCGGAAGGAGAGACAGUGGGAAAAUGAAGACAUUUCACAACAGCUAGCUUUCAAAGGAUCAUCGUCUUUAAAAAAAAAAAAAUAAUAAAAAAAUCUCACUCAAAGAAGGCGGUUGUUCGGUGCAAUUUCCUUGACCUUAAAAAAAAAAAAAAACCAAAAAAAAAAACAGCGUGUUUUUUUUGAAGAUAUUGCAGUUUGGGUGAAUAGGUAACCAUAGACCACUUCGUCACGCAUGAAAAUGGAGAAGCGUUUGGUUUGGCUAUUGUAACUAUUCGUGUGACAUUAAAAAUAUACUUCAUUUUCACCUCCUAAAACGGCAAGGAUAUCGUGUGCACAGAAACGAAACCACGCAAAAGACUUUUUUUAUAUAUAAUAAAUACAUAUAUAGCUGUAAAAACAAAUAUAAUGAGGGGUUGCUGUACUAAUAUUAAAUGCAAGCCAAGAAAUUAAAAUCAUAAAUCUAUUUUCGUUCUGUCUCCAGAUCAUAACAAGGAAACUGGCCUCGUUUUAUUUUCUCGAAAAAAAUGACAUUGGUUUUUGCAUGGUUUUAAGAUUUAUUUAGUAUCGGAGAAAGAGGAGCUUUUUUUUUUUUUUUAAUUAUUAUUUUUGUAUUAUUCUGCACCCGUUUUUCAAUUGAUUGAAUUAUUUUUGGGAGAGUUUUCCGAAACCGGUUUCUGUCAAGUUGUCCUGGGAGUUAAUUUUGAUGUGGACUGUUGGUGUAAACUGCGGUGUGUUCAGCAACCCGACCUGGCUUUUCUGACAGCUCGGAUCGGAACACCACCACAAGACCGUUGAUUUGAGAACUCCUGUCGAGAUUCAAAUCGGAUUCCAUUCGAAAUACAAAAAACGAAUACGGUUCACAACUGAAAUACGUCCUCGUAUCAUUUUCAUUUGUACAGCAGGAAACAGCCCGCAACAAAUCUGCGUGCUUUACAGAAGCGGAUUUUCUUCCCUCUUCAAAAAAAACAGUAAGGAGCCCCCAAUUAAAAACUAAAAACAAACACAACAGUAUAGUCUGUCCAAUGUGGUAGAAUAAUACCGAGACAAAACCAGACCGCCUGUGUUUAUCAGCGUGUGGGAAUUCGUUUGAAUUGGUUAUUGGGGUGAGGGGCAGUUUUUUGUUUUUUUUUGUAUUGAUUUUUUUUUUCUGUUCCCGUGUGGAAGAUGGCGGACUUGGAGGCGGUGCUGGCUGAUGUCAGCUAUCUGAUGGCGAUGGAAAAAAGUAAAUCUACACCGGCGGCCCGGGCUAGCAAAAAAAUCAUAUUGCCCGAACCCAGCAUUCGCAGCGUGAUGCAGAAGUACCUGGAGGAGAGGGAUGAACUGACCUUCGAUAAGAUCUUCAACCAGAAAAUCGGGUUCCUGCUCUUCAAAGAUUACUGUAUGACUGAGAUUGACGAGGCGAUCCCGCAGCUCAAGUUCUACGAGGAGAUAAAGGAAUAUGAGAAGCUGGACUCCGAAGAGGACCGUCUGUGUAGAAGCCGACAGAUUUAUGAUAAAUACAUCAUGAAAGAGUUGCUGUCCUGCUCCCAUCCCUUUUCAAAGAAAGCUGUAGACCAUGUGCAAACUCACCUGGCCAAGAAGCAGGUGCCCCCCACGCUAUUUCAGCCAUACAUAGAAGAGAUCUGUGACAGUCUACGGGGGAAGAUAUUUCAGAAGUUCAUAGAGAGUGACAAAUUCACCCGCUUCUGCCAGUGGAAGAAUGUAGAGCUAAACAUCCAUUUAACGAUGAACGACUUCAGCGUGCACCGGAUCAUUGGUCGAGGGGGCUUCGGGGAGGUGUAUGGCUGCAGGAAAGCAGACACUGGAAAAAUGUACGCCAUGAAGUGUCUGGACAAGAAGAGGAUCAAGAUGAAGCAGGGCGAGACACUGGCUCUGAACGAGAGGAUCAUGCUGUCCCUCGUCAGCACAGGGGACUGCCCCUUCAUCGUGUGCAUGACCUACGCCUUCCACACGCCAGACAAGCUGUGCUUCAUCCUCGACCUCAUGAACGGAGGAGACCUGCACUAUCACCUGUCCCAGCACGGGGUCUUCUCUGAGAAGGAGAUGAGGUUCUACGCAGCAGAGAUCAUCCUGGGGCUGGAGCACAUGCACAACCGAUUCGUGGUCUACCGGGACCUUAAGCCUGCGAACAUCCUGUUGGACGAGCACGGUCACGUCAGGAUAUCUGACCUGGGUCUGGCCUGCGAUUUCUCCAAGAAGAAGCCUCACGCCAGCGUCGGCACACACGGGUACAUGGCUCCAGAGGUGCUCCAGAAAGGCACGGCCUACGACAGCAGCGCCGACUGGUUCUCACUCGGCUGCAUGCUCUUCAAGCUGCUGCGAGGUCACAGUCCUUUCCGGCAGCACAAAACCAAAGACAAGCAUGAGAUUGACCGCAUGACUCUCACAAUGAAUGUGGAGCUGCCGGACUCGUUCUCCCCGGAGUUGAAGUCUCUGCUGGAGGGCCUCCUGCAGCGGGACGUGGCCAAGAGGCUGGGCUGCCUGGGCCGGGGAGCCCAUGAAGUGAAAGAGCAUCCUUUCUUCAAAGGGAUCGACUGGCAGCAAGUCUAUUUACAGAAGUACCCUCCUCCCUUGAUCCCACCCCGAGGAGAGGUGAACGCUGCUGAUGCCUUCGACAUCGGCUCCUUCGACGAGGAAGACACCAAAGGCAUCAAGCUGCUGGACAGCGAUCAGGAGCUCUAUAAGAACUUCCCACUGGUGAUCUCGGAGCGCUGGCAGCAGGAAGUGGCGGAGACGGUGUACGAGGCAGUGAAUGCUGACACAGAAAAGAACGAGGCGAGGAAGCGCGCCAAGAACAAGCAGCUGGGCCACGAGGAGGAUUACGCGCUGGGGAAGGACUGCAUCAUGCACGGCUACAUGCUGAAGCUGGGAAACCCCUUCCUGACGCAGUGGCAGCGCCGAUACUUCUACCUGUUCCCCAACCGCGUGGAGUGGAGGGGGGAGGGCGAGUCGCGGCAAAACUUGCUAACGAUGGAGCAGAUCGUGUUGGUGGAGGAUUCGCAGAUUAAAGACAAGAAGUGCAUCUUGUUACGAAUUAAAGGAGGGAAGCAGUUUGUCCUGCAGUGUGAGAGCGACCCCGAGUUUGUGCAGUGGAAGAAGGAGCUGACAGAGGCCUUCACUGAGGCUCAGAAGCUGCUGCGUCGAGCCCCCAAGGUGAUCAGCAAGACCCGCACAGCCGUGGUGGAGCUUUCCAAACCCCCACUCACUCACCGGAACAGCAACGGCCUCUAGAGAGAGGAGACCGAGAGAGUCUGGAGAGGGGGAGAGCGAGCGAGCGAGCGAGAGAGGAGGAGCUGCUGCUGCCGCUGCCGUCAUCAGGAGACUCCGAUAUCACCUCAUUCGUAUAGUUUAUUUAGUUAUUUGUUCACCAAGUCUUAAAGCAAACCAGCAGCAGCAACACCACCAACAACAAUGACAAAGCAAAAGACAAGGAUGUGUGUAAAUAUUCGUUAACAUAUCGGAGGAUUCGGAUGUGAUGUUUCUCUCCCUGGACUGGGGGAGGGUUUUAAAGACUGGCCAUGGGACUGUCUUUGGCUGUGCUGUGUUCCUGUAUAAUGGAGCUGGUGCCUUCCUACCAGGAGUAGGUUGGAGCUGCCACAGCGUAGCUUAUUCUCCAGCCCCCUCCCCCUCUUAAAGCACCUUUACUGGUCCGGUGCACGCCCCCCACCCUGUGAUGUUGGUGGAGCGGGAUUCAGAGGAGCGGAUCAGCAAUGGGAAUGCUUUGUUUGCCCACCAGGGUGGCCUUUGAAAGCAGCUUGCGGCAAUGAUUUUUUAAAAAAUUUUAUUUGAAUUAUUUUUUAUUUUUUAACAAAUGCACAAUUAAAAAAAAAAGGUUCAAACCUACUUGAUUCUUUUUUUUUUUUUUCUCUUAAAAAUAAAAAAUCGAAAUCGAUCCGAAUCAUAAAAUGGAAAGCGACCCUGGGGAGCUGGUCGGUGUGUGUGUUUGCUUCUGCGAGGCGUGGCGGCUGCUGCUGUUCUAUCCACCCCCACCCAUAUCUCUCCUUGCUGAGGAACGCUCUCUUUGCACUUUCUGCCCCAGACUUUGGGCAGUGCUUUUUCUUGUGGUUACAUAUCUGUCCUAAUUAACGCAUCUGGCAAUAACUUUGAUCUGCACUGGCUUGGCGUGAUCGAGAGCUGACUGCUGCCUACUCUCCUGUCUACUUGUACUGCUCAUCCUGUCGCAUGACUGAAGACAGAGACGCCCAUUCCCGGACACAACCAAACCAAAAACCAACCUCAUCCGCAGCCUGUUAAAGACAGCUGACUCUCUGCCUCUCUGGAAGCUUUGCUGGCUGGACUGUGCCAUAAUAGGAGGGGUGGGGGGUGCUGGUUAUUUGCUGGAAUGUACCACAGUCUGAGCUUUUGGGUGGGGGUGUUGAUUGUUCACAGUGUUUCUUUAUCAGAGUAUUUUUUUUGUUUGUACUCCAUCGUGGAAGGUGGGGACAAUGUUUCAUCAUCCUUUCACCACAACGUGCAAAAGUGCCAAGGGCCUUGAACCUGAGACCUUUCUUUGAAUAUUCCAGCGAAGGUGUACAUACUGUUCGAAGACUGCAGAGAUGCAUUGCAGCAAUGCAAGAAAGCCAAUAUGGUUAGCAUUCAGGGGUUCCUAUAGCCUCAGAGGUCUUCAACCAGAGAUGGGUCUCUUCACACAAGCGAUUCUGAUUGGGCAGGACCACCCCGCACCUCUGACAUCACUGGAGCUGCAAACGCUUGUGCGAGUGUCCCAGAGAGCUGAGAAUCUGGCUGCUCGCUGAAUGCCUGUGUAUCUAUAAUCAUAAACUGUGUAUGUAUAUAUCGACCUGUCUGUCUGUCUGUUUGUCUGUGUUGCGGGGGUCUGUCGGCGCUUUUGAAAACCUUCCUUUUACAGGUCAUAAAAAACUGUGACUGAAUGACCCUUUGGGUUUUAUGGCAGUAAUUGCUUUGCAAUGGUGAUUCAUCAAAAUAAUCAAUUCCAAUGAUCUGAAAUAGAAGUGCUGUGUAUGUGAAAGGUCAUUUCUCAGUCCUCCUUGUGGGUAAACCGUACCUGAUAGUUUUCUGUGUUUGUUGGUUUAGUAAGACAGGAGCAUAAAACCGUGUGUGCGUGCGUGCGUGCGUUUGUGCGUUUCUAUGUAUAGUGUUCAUAUUUAUCCUAUAAUUGUAGUUAGAAUAAAACCUUGAUGUAUUUGAUGACUCUAAACCUGGAAGAGAGAACAUUGAGAUCCAGGUUUGUCUUGGGAGACACCAAGCCCACCCAGGACAGACCCUACUUUCAGAGCCCUCUCUGCCCCUUUGACAAUCCUCAUGAAUUCACACCAUGUUUUAACCACUGCACUCCAUUAGCCCAGCGUGUUCACAUCAGUAUCCGCCUCAGGGACUGCACUUGUAAGCUGUGGAGUGAUUCUUCGUAGCGAUGCAGAGUUCACACACACAGGCGGAGUAGCUUGUUGUGGCAGUCAGUGUUAGCGCUCCAGUUUAACCAGAGAGGCUCCUCUUUGUAGGUAGAGCGUGUUCUCUGAUUGCGAGUGCAGCAGUGCAGAGAACCGGCUCAGGACAAUCCGAACCGGCUGCUUUGCUUGUUUCCUUCCUCGUGGUUUUUUCUCCGUUGCCACUCGGCUCCCUCGUACAUGCUGUUAGUGUGAGUGUGUUUGGGUGUGAGUCUGCAGGGGUGUGCAAGUAGUGUUACUUCAUCCAGGGUAUUUAUUAAAGGGUCACCCUUUCAGACAGGUGCGACUUACCAUCCAAGGAGGACUCUGAAAUUCCCUUUUCAUAUUCACUGUGUGUUUGGGACCACAGCCAGGAUUUCAACCCAAAUGUGAAAUCAGGAUCCUGCCAGGUUUCAAAGUAGUUAAUAACCACGUCCCUACUCCCUGUGCUCUCUCCCAGCUUUAUUUAUUUAAGUGUGGAAGCUUUCCAGAAUAUAUAUUUUUUGGGGUCUGUAACACUCACCUGGGGUCCUUUUCAUAUCCAUUCACCUGCACCUGUUCUUCACUGACUGCAGUAGAUACAUAAUGAACUGGUCUCUCACAUCCAAGGUCCCGGGUUCAAAUCAAAGCAGAAUUUGCAAGCCAUAGAACUGGCCAGUCACUGUUAUAUUCGCUGGGCAAUAAAUGUGUUUGGCUUAAAAUAUUGUGAGUUUUUUAAUGUUUUUAUUUGAUGCAGUCCUGACCCUGAUAGGCUGCUCUUUGUUUAGAGCAGGGUGGUGCAGUGUAAUUAAUAAGUGGAGAGCACUACAGAGUGAGUUAGUGGGUCUCAGUGGAGUUCUGCACAGGAUCACAAUCUGCAGUUCAGUAUGGAGGAGACAGCUUGUCAGGCUCAGAGUUUUUAUAAACAGCAUCCCCACUGCCCUGUACACAAACACACACACACACACACACAAACACACACACACACGCAAACAGAGAGAGACACACACACCACGCUGGUAGAAUCAUUGGCCCGUAGUGAGAUUUGAGCUUGUGACCUACAGAUGUGAGAGUGCCACUUCUAGAAACAGCGAGCUGUGUAUUUUUUCUUGUUCCUAUUUUGAUGUGACUGCACCCAACCCAAACUCGCUAAGCCAGGGGUGGCCAUCGAUGGCCCUUCCAGUCCUUGUUCCAAUCCUUAUUCUAAAUGAACUGGACCAACUAAACCUCCAUCCAGGUCCUAGAGUAGUGCAUUAUUUCACUGCAACCCUGCAGUGGAGUGACCCUCCAGGACCGUGCUUGGACACCCCUGUGUGAAGCCAUCCGACGGUACGCUAGCGGGCAUCAGCAGCUCGCAAGGGGAACGCUUGUGUGUUAAACUUUCACCUGGAUCCAGUAAAAAAAAAAAAAAAAUCUCUUUUAUAUUCUUAUUAUUCUUAUUAUUUUAACUGUAAGAUGUGACCCCCCCUGUAUUUCAAAGUGAAUACGUGCUUGAAUAUAAAGGGUUAUCGCUUGUACUCCAAUCAUCCGCUGGUGUAAUAUCACGGUGCUGCAUAUAUUCUGCUCAGUUUCAUUGUAUGCGCAGGUUUUGCCCUUAUUUUGAGAUUUUACUAUUAUUAUUAUUAUUUUUUUGCAAUUCUUUUGUUUUGUAAAUUUUAUUUGGAAUCUUUUUACGACACAAAAAUGCAGUUUUAUUUUUGGUAAGUAAGCGCUGUGUAGCUGGAGAGCAGAUUUUUAUUUUUAACAGAAAAAAGGCAUAUAUGUUAUUUAUUGUAACUGAAGUCCAUCCAUUUGUGUGGCUCUCUCCCGGGUCUGAUGCAGGCGUUUGCUCCGUUGCUCUGUAUAGCUGGUUAGUUCUAGAGCCAGGGAUGCUUGUCUUUGAGAGAGGGAAGCUGUGUUCUUCUGUCCUGGCUCCCUUCGCUACAGCCACACUGCUCCUUGUUGCACAAACUCAUUCACAGCAAGUGACAGUGUUCUAAAACAUUGUACGCGUGCACACCAGGAACAUGAAGUUGGCACAUCCAGCUUGUUUUUCAAGAAGGACUCAGGAAACAAAGUAGACAAACACACUUUUAACAUGAUAGAUUCGCUCACACAUUUCUCUUUAAUCAGCGAUUGCAUUGACUUUCAGCAAGAAAGUCAUUGUGAAUGUUUGAAUUUACCCAGUGAAGCUGGAUUUCAAAUGUCAACCGGCAACUGAUUCCAGCAUUCAGGAGCUCUACAUUAAAAGAAGUCUCAUAACAGGAAUAUACAGUUCACAUCCAUCUGUUUACUAACGCUGCACAAAAACAAGCCCCAUGGACUGGGAGCACUGUGUUCUCGGGUACAUCAUGGGUGUCCGCUAGAGCCGUGAGCUCCCAAAGAGACCUGGGCUCCGAGUGUGGCUGCAUGUGCCUCCUCACUCAGGCACUCGCGUGCCUGUGCCUCCUCACUCAUGUCAAAGUACAGCCGUGCUGAAGUUAGAAGUGCUUCCAAUCAGAACUCGAAUGAAACCAAAUGUUUUUCUUUGGUGUGAUCAAUGCGAUGUUCUGUAACCCUUGCUAACCUUGUGCAGGGUUCAGCACUGAUAGUAGGACGGGAGGGGUAAUAGUGAAUCCCCUGUCAACUGUGGAGCAUUUCAAAGCAAGGAGCACCAGCUGGAUGAAGUGUUACAGCGCUGGGAACAGUACAGUACACAGCAGUCCCUUCAAAGACAAGCGUUGUUUUUUUGUUGCUAUUUCGCUUUUCUAAUAGAUUUAAAAAAAAAUGCAGGAUUUCUUUUAUCCAUAUAUGAUAUGUGAAAACAUAUUCACAUGAAAAAAAAAAAGAUUUAUUUAAAUGAAAAAAGAACACCAAUGAACUGCUAUCAAUUUGUCUGUGAGCUGCCAGUGGGCAGCACACCUGUAAAUACCUUUAGAUAUUGUAACUAUGAGAUACAGCAUUUGUUUUAUUAUUCUGGUUUUUGCUCUUUUUCAUAUUUAUUGUCUGACGGAGUUUUAGGCCUCCAGUUAAAGCAACUCUGCACGUUUGAAGUAGAUCUCCCUGAGAUGUGCUGUGUUUAUUCCGAGUUUACAGUCGUUGACGGUUCUUCGUGAUGUGCCACACCUAGCAACUACUACUGUUUUGGGGUUUUCUUUAUUCUUUUCAUUUGGAACAGCUAGGGAUGCUUCUGUGUGUUGGUCAAACUGCUCAUAUAAAAGGAAUCGUUCCAAUAAAAGGCCCCUACGUGUGAGUCUG